AUGACUUUCCCUUUCUUGAAGGCCACAGGCAGCUGUCAGUCUCCGCAGCGCCCCCUCCUGGCGUUUAUGCAAACAGUACAACCACGUGACCCGAGCACGUCCAGGAACGUCAUUUCACUGCUGCUGCGUAGUAAACGAAGACGCAUUGAUGGCGAGUGUCGGUCGCCUGUUUUGCGCUGCCUGGACCAGGUGCAGAGUACCGGAGAUCCGCGUGCCCUGCGCGGGUUAUCACAAGAAGGUAGCGGGCACUGAGAUAGUCUGAGUGUGCAGUAUGGUGGGAGCGUGGCUGUGUGUGAGUGCUGGACCCGGGCUGAGCAAGUCAAACUACACGGGUCAGUCAGGCUGGCCAAAAGGCCGAGAGCCAGCUGGGAUUUAGAAGUACUACAACUCCCAUGAUGCUUUGUCGGCCUUAUUGCUGGUGGAGAAUCAUGGGAGUGGUAGUUCCAAACAAGAUAGGCUCUGCCGUUUGGCUGUUUAAGGACUAGGAGAGCUGAGGUGAGGGCUGACUGCCCAGUGGCUGCCCCAUGGUGGCUUAGGCAGAUGGCUGGUGCUAUUCCUAAACCGUCUAUCUAAAACAAGGGUAUAAAAGUGGAAACAUUAUCAUGAGAGUCAAUGGGACUUUUACUGUUUGAUAUAUUUCUAUAAUUUACCUUCAGAACUGAUCGAUAUGCAAGUUCUCAGCUUUCAUGGAGCAUUGUAUAUUUUACACUGCGUAUGCAGCUUUCAACGAUUUCUGUGAAGACCAUGUUUAUAAACCUAUAUUAAUAUAUUACAUGGCCUCAUUGUGUUUGGUGUAGUGGAUAGGUUGUGUGUGUGUGUGAGUAGAGAUAUAUAUAUAUAUAUAUAUAUAUAUAUCUACACACUCUCACACACACAGCAAUAAUAUUAAAACUGGUGAAGUGAAUAACAUUUGCUUAUAUCUUUACAAGAGGUGAUAUAUAUUAUUCAGCAAGUGAACAGUCAGAAAAAAUCGGCAAGCGCAAGGACCUGAGUAACUUUGACAAAAAGUGUUGCAAGGAAGGACAACAAGUGAACUGGCGUCGGGGUCAUGAGCGCCCAGGUUCAUUGAUGCAUGUGGAGUGUGAAGGCUUGCCCGUCUGGUCCUAGCUACUGUAGCACAAAUUGCUGAAAAACCUAAUGCUGUUCAUGAUAGAAAGGUGUCAGGGCAGACAAUGUAUUGAAGUUUUCUGCAUAUGCCGCUGUGUAGCCACAGAUCAGUCAGAGUGCCCUUGAUGACCCCUGUCCACCACCAAAAUCGCUUUUAAUGAGGAUGUGAGCAUCAGAAUUGGACCAUGGAGCAAUGGUGGAAGGUUGCCUGGUCUUAUGAAUCAUGUUUUCUUUUAGAUCAGGUAGAUGGCCAGGUGUGUGUGUGCUCAAUUUACCUGGGGAAGAGAUGGCAGCAGAAUGCUCUAUGUGAAGAAGGCAGGCCAGUGAAGGCAGUGUUAUGCCCUGGACAAUGUUCUGCUGGUGAAGCUUGGGUCCUGGCAUUCAUGUGGAUGUUACUUUGAUACAUAGCAGCUACCUAGAGAUUAUUAUAGACCACCUUAUGGCAGUGGCAUCUUUCAGAGGCAAUAUGCACCCUGCGAAAAUUGCUCAAGAAAAAGAAUUCAAGGUGUUGACUUGGCCUUCAAAUUCUCCAGUUCCAUAUCCAUUCGAACUCGCAACUUGGAUCUGUUGCUAUUGUCUUUGGGCCAGAUACAGAAUAUGUUCAGUGGUCUUGUGAAGUCAAUUCCUUGACGCAUCCGAGCUGGUUUGGCAGCACAAGGGGGUCUAAACAAUAUUAGGCAGGUGGUUUUAAAGUUGUGGCUGAUCAACAACAAUGUAUAUGUCAUUUUUAUAUAUAAAUUUUAUCAUAAAUAGGUCAAAUGCUGCCAAACUCUGCAUUACUACUCUCAUUAGGUGUGUGCUUAGCCUGUUUGGUUUUAUUCUCUCCCCAAGUGAUACAUUUGUUAGUCUGUGUUAGAGGACAAUUUCUCAAGGUCAGUGCUGGACAGUUGCUUCUGCUAAUCAUUGCAUAAAUGUCUUCCAGGUAGUGGAUCACUAUGAAAAUCCAAGAAAUGUUGGAUCCCUUGACAAGAACUCUAAGAAUGUAGGAACUGGUUUGGUUGGUGCUCCUGCAUGUGGAGAUGUUAUGAAACUCCAAGUAAGUAGGUCAUGUGUAUACUUUUCUUUCAUAACAUGUUGACUCUUGCUUUUUCAGCCUUGAUUAAUUCCUGCAAUAUGGACUUGAAGAGUAGCAAAAACAUUUACCCUAUUGUAGAUUUUUAUUUUCUUUAUAAGACCAAGGUUUGUUUAGUACAUUUUCGAUGUUCACAAAUUGUAUUUCCAGGGGUUUAAAUUUCAGUGGUAUGCUAAUUGUCCACGGUCUCUUGAGCUGGUAAUGUCUUUAACAGUGAGUCUUGUACUGUUUUGUCUUGCAGAUAGAAGUUGAUGAGAGUGGGAAGAUUGUGGAAGCAAGAUUCAAGACCUUUGGAUGUGGCUCUGCUAUUGCAUCCAGCUCAUUAGCUACUGAAUGGGUGAAAGGAAAAACGGUAACUUAAAUUUAGGUUUAUAUAUUCUGCAGUUGGCUGGGCUAUCUGAUUUUUGCCAAUUGCCAUAAUAAAGGUUGCAGCAUGCAAUAAUGCUUAAGUAAACACUGUUUUCUGUAGCUUAUUAUAUAUAAAGUGAAAUGCCACCUCCAUACAUCUAAGGGAAGCUCCAUGAAGGAGGUAAUCCACAUAUCAAUGUAUGGUAUCAAUAUUAACAAAACAAAAAAAGCAAAAAUAAAGUUAAUUUCCUUUUAAAGUAACUUUAGCUGCUGAAAACACCUAGGCAAACAGGUAGCAGCAGCAGGAAGACAGCCUAUCCUUGACCAAGAAAAGAGUCCAAGAGUCAAUAGUCUCUUAUCCAGACUUAUACCAUAUACCUGUGUCCACAGGGGGAUUAUGGGACAUGUAGUUCAAUUUAGAGCAACUGUUUGAUUCAUGCAACCUAAUGAGUGGAACUGUUGAAUAAGCUGAUAGCAGCUAUGUGCUUCUAACAGCUUUCAGACCUUUUCAGUUUAGUAAAAGGUACAGAGCACAGCAUCUUCCUGGCUCAUCAGACAGUUGCUCUGUCACUGGCACAGAGUGACCCAGGCAAGUGGGAGGAGCUUUAGACGGGAUUAGUAAUUGGAAUAAGGGUUACUGUGCCAUAAACAAAAAGAGGGGGGCAGAAUUGUAAUCUGUGAAUGCAACACAGGGUCUGUGCACCCCAACCACUACAGUAAGCGGAAGUGUGUGUGUGGUGCUUGGAGCAUUCCUUUAAUUAUUAAAACAUCCACAUUAGUAAUAAUCACUACAAACUUGUGUUGCUGCAUUUUCUCCAGUACCUCUGUAAAAGCACCACAUAUCAAAUAUCACCAUAAAGGUCUAGUAAAUGCAUUUCCUUAACUUGUAGUUCUGAGUAUGGAGAGAAGUGUAUAAUGGGUGGUGUAUGCACUUCAUCACACAUUUUUGCCUUGCAAAGUGUAUUUAAAAAAAAAAAAAAAAGUGCAGCUUGCAGAUGAAGCCUUACUGCUUUGCUGAUCAGCAGUGGGCACAAUUGCACUUAGUCUGACACGAGUUCACAUAGAAUUUGGGAGGGUUGGUUUUUUGUUUUGUUUUUUGUUCUGUUUUUUGUUCAGGUGAAUGCUUAGUAAGGUUAUCUAGUUGCUAUGUUAUUAAAACCAUGUUUACUUAAAGGAACACUCGAGGCACCAAAACAACUUGAGCUCCAUGAAGCAUUUUUAGUGUAUAGAUCAUGCUACUGAAUUCUGACAUUUUGGUUCUGAACUAUACAAUAAAAAGCAGAUUGUCACUGCUGACCAGUGUAUAAGAGUAUAGUUCUCUAUUUAUAUGUGUCUAUGUAGUGCAUUGUUUUGAGAAUGUAAGAUUUCAUAUGGAAAAUGCUCAAAGUCUUCUGUGCUCUACAGGUUGAUGAGGCAAUGACAAUCAAGAACACAGACAUUGCCAAAGAACUGUGCCUUCCACCAGUGAAAUUGCACUGCUCCAGUAAGUAUUACUACAGAUUAGCUGUUGCAUUUGCUUGUUAGUCAUAUGAUUUUUUUUCUUUUACAUUUAUUUAGAUAUUAAAUUAAGCACCCUGAGGUGUUACUGGAGGUACUUUCAUAGGUUGGACACCUGACCUGAAAAGCUCUGGGUCUAAUUUUGUCACUGAUCCAUGGAGGGUCUGAAGUUAAUAAGUGUGGUUGGGGCCAUGCAAUUUCCCAUGCUUUGAUGCCCUUGUUUCUGUUUUUUGUUAUUCUGCUCAACAACGCCCUUGCAAGCUCCUGUAGCUACUGUGUAACCAUAACAUAGCAGUAAAAAAUAAUCCAUUUUCAUUGUUGAAUUAAUCAUUUGAGUAAAGACUGCUCAUAAGUGAACAUUCACAUAAUGAGCCCAACUGUGUUUGAAAUAAUGCUAUUACAGUGCCUAAUGCUAACCCAGUAAAGACUAAGCCUUUUUUGAAAUGUGACCGUUUGGUGAAAAAAGCCUUUUUGACACUUUUGCCAUGUGUACAUUCCACCACAAUAGAAACAUUUAUUUUUAAAAGUUCAACCAUACAUAUUAUAUAUAAUAUUUUUAAAGGAGAUAUGGCUUUCUUUUGAUUACUUAUUUACAUAAAUAACACAACCUUAACCCCUUAAGGACAGAGCUUCAGAAGCUUGUCUUUCACUUAAUGACAACAGCAUUUUUUGCUGUUUGCGUUCAACUACAAUUUGCAUUUUACUAAUUUAUUGCACCGACACAUAUUAUAUAUCGUUUUUUUUUUAAAGGACAGAAAGGGCUUUAGUUUGAUGUUAUAUAUAUAUAUAUAUAUAUAUAUAUAUAUAUAUAUAUAUAUAUAUAUAUAUAUAUAUAUAUAUAUAUAUAUAUAUAUAUAUAUAUAUAAAUGCUUAUGUAUUAUGAAAAAAAUACAGAAAUAUGCAAAAAAAAUGAUUUUUUUGUGUUUUAUUUUUACAGUUUUUGCAAUAAUAAUGUGUGCAUAAUUAGUGCAGGUUAAGGAAAGUAAUUAAAAAUAAAUUCAUUUAGUUGUUCUGAUUUACAGAAUAUAUAAUGUGUCUGGGAUUUUCAGGGUUUUUUUUUUUUUUGUGGUUGUCACAGCAAUCACAUGGGCUGUUAUAUCUGGAUUUGAUGUUGCUGGUCUGCCUCUGACUUGGAGGCACCCAGCAACAGCGUUAACCCCGCGAUCGCCGGCUCCGGGGUUAAUUCUAACGCAUGACGUACGAGGUCCAUCACUCGUCAUUAACACUUUCCCCUGAGUGACGGACCUCGUCCGUCACUUGUCCUUAAGGGGUUAACUCCAUAGUCACCAAAACAACUUUAGCUUAAUGAAGCAGCUUUGGUGUAAAUAUCAUGCCUCUGAAGUUUCACUGCUCAAUUCACUGCCAUUUAGGAGUUAAAUUCAGUUUUUUGUUUCUGUUUAUGCAGCCCUAGCCACACCUCCCCUCACGUGGCUGUGACUGACAGCCUCCAUGAAAACUAAAUGGGUUUUCAAUGAGAUGUAACUUACUGUAAAAAAUUUUUUUUAUCUCCAGUUCUGUAAAUUGAACUUUAACCACACACAGGAUGCUCAUGCAGGGUAUAGCAAGCUAUUAACUGAGCAGGAUAUAAGUAAUUUUAAAUUAAACAGUAUUUGUAAUAAAGUAAGUGUAGACAUUAGAUGACUCUUUACAGGAAUUGUUCAAGAAGGUUGUGCAAGUCACAUGCAGGGGGGCGUGACUAUGACUGCAUAAACAAAUGAUUUAACUCCUAAAUGGCAGUGAAUUGUGCAGUGAGACAGGUUUGUACUAGUAACACUAAAGGGUCAACUGAGCAUCUCCUGGGGGAAAAAAAAUUAUACGCUUUAUACAUGAUUUUUCAAUAUCAUAUUCAAUUGUGUAAAUUCCAAUAAAUAUGAAAAACACCUGUUGUCUCAAGCACACUUCACACAGCUAAUCAAUCAAACUUCAUUAGUUGCUUGAGGAACAUUGAAAUACCUGAACUGGCUAGUGGUUUGAGUGUCAUGUUUGACUGCAUGUUUGAAAUAUGGCAAAAGAAUGGUCCACAAAGUUAAAAAGAGAUCACCCUUUACAAACAAGGAACAUGAUUCAAAGAGAUAGUGAAGGCACUGAAUGUUCCUAGAGACACCGUUGGAAGCAUAGUUAGCAAGUUCAAAGUUGAAGGAACAAUAGUUACACUACCUGGAUGGGGCAGAAAAAUUAAGCCAUCAAUGGCAGCAACCAAAUUUCUGAGAAGGCAGGUUCUAAAAAAAAAAAAAAACCCUCUAGUGACUGCAAGAGACCUGAAGCAAGACUUGUUGGCAGCAAGCACUGAGGUUUCAGUGAGUACAAUAAGCCUUGUACUAAAGGAAAAAGGUUUCCACGCCAGAACUCCAAGACGUACACCACUACUGUCCCAAAAGCACAAGAAAGGUCAGCUCCAUUAUGAUCAAAAUUGUAUAAAUAAGCCACAGAAGUUUUGGGAUUCUGUUCUGUGAAGCGAUGACACAAAACUAGAACUUUUCAGCCCAAUGCUUCAGCAGUAUGUUUGGAGGAAGAAAAAUGAAGCAUACACUGAAAAUAACACUCUGACUACAGUUAAACAUGGUGGGGGCUGAGUGAUUCUCUAGGGCUGCUUUGCAUCCUCUGGCACUGGAAACCUGCAGCUUGUGGAAGACAAGAUGGAUUCAUUGAAGUAUUAGGAAAUCUUAGAAGAAUUGGACCUUUCAACAAGACUAUAAUCCCUAACAUACCUCAAACUCCACCAAGGCUUGGUUGCAUGUCCUGAAAAAUUCCACAGUAGCCAUCACAGUCACCUGACUAACCCCAUAGAAAAUCUCUGGUGGGAUUUGAAGAAGGUGGUUGCAGCACACAAAACUAAGAAUAUUGCUGAACGGGAGGCAAUUGCUCAUGACAAUGGGCUAGGGUUUUUCAGGAAUGCUGCCAGAAGCUGGUGUCUGGCUAUGCAUCUCAUUUGCAGCCAGUUAUAACCGUAAACAGGUGCUCUACUAAGAACUAAAGAUGCCAUGAAGGGGUUCAAUAAUUAUGAGACUGGAGAAGUCUUUAUAAGUUGCAUUUUCAGUUGAAUUUGGGGAAACUACGUGAAUCGUUAAUUGUGAUGAGCUAUUUCAAUAGCUUUUGUUUAUUGCAAACAGCUGAAAGUCUAAUUUUGACGACAACCCUAUGUUUUCAAUAAGUAUUGAAUAAUUUUGAUUAAAACUGUAUAUACCCUGGGUGUCUACUUUCUACAAAUAUAUAUAUUUUUGUGCAGCAGUUUUGGAUUCAGUGACUAUUAUAUUUUCAUCAUGUUAAAGCUAAACCUUUGCAAAUUUUAAAACGCUAAUCUGCUCUGCGUGCUAUCUGGCCUAUAACCUCCAAAAAAUAAUUACAAAUUUAAACUUCUUUGGGAUUUUCAAAUUUGUAAAUAUUUUAUUCAUACUUAAAUCUGCAGCAAACAAAUAGGAAGAUACUUGCUUACAAAGUAUCUGUAUUCUAAAUCAUCAAGCUUUGCAAUCUAUGCAAACCAGGUCUAAUAUGAAUAAAGGGAGGACCAGGCUUAUUUAAACAGCAUAUGCAAAUUGCUUUAGCUAAUUAAUAAAAUAAGGGGGGGGAGGGAGUUGCAGGACCAACCUAUAUGAAGAGCACAAGUGGUUUUAGUGUUUAUUUUAAUGAAGGCAUCAUCACUUGCAUAUUAGGUUGAUUAUAGAUGCCAUCUGCUAUAAAAGUACUUGAUGGAAUUCAGCUCUUCUUUGCCUAUGCUGAUAUUUAAUUCUUGGUUUAGCCUUCAUAAAUAUAAAUAGUAUAACAUUUGUUUUGACAUAUAUUUCUUUAACCAUGAAAUUCCAUGUAAUCAUUUAUGUUCCUGUUUGUAAUUAAAGAAUCACAUUUAUCAUGGUUGCAAUAUAUUUAAACCAUGUUCUUUUUUUCCAGUGCUUGCUGAAGAUGCUAUCCGAGCUGCCCUUGCAGAUUACAGAUUGAAGCAGGACAAGGAGCAGUCUGCAGCCAGUGGUUAG